GGACUCUCAUUCACUCCACACCUCUCAUGUCUUUCUGCUCUUCUUCUCUCCUCGUUGGUGGGAUUUAUCAGUAAUUUUCAGCUGAAUACAUCAUACCGACAUUGCCAAUUUUCUCUUCAUUCAUCUUUUCUCAAGGAAUUGGUUUCUGCAAAAUAGAAAAGAAAAGAUCCGGAGUGAUUCUGCAUUUACGAUUUUACCGAAACAAUUGUUUUUCUUUUAUCGACUGUUGCUAGUAUGGAGAGACUCGUCUCUGUGGCUCCUCUGGUUCUUCUUAUUUGCCUUCCUUUAGCCAUAGCCGGUCAUGAUUACGGCCAAGCUCUGAGCAAGAGCAUUCUCUUCUUUGAAGCGCAGAGAUCCGGUUACCUUCCUUCUACACAGCGAGUCACAUGGAGAGCCCAUUCUGGUCUAAACGAUGGCAAGGCUAGCGGAGUGGAUCUGGUAGGAGGCUACUACGAUGCAGGGGACAACGUGAAGUUUGGAUUGCCAAUGGCAUUCACAGUAACUAUGAUGUCAUGGAGCAUAAUCGAGUACGGUAAGCAAAUGGCCGCAAGUGGAGAGCUGGGACAUGCCAUGGAUGCCGUUAAGUGGGGCACUGACUACUUCAUUAAAGCACAUCCUCAACCUUAUGUCCUCUAUGGCGAGGUGGGAGAUGGCAACACUGACCACUACUGUUGGCAAAGACCUGAGGACAUGACCACCGACAGGCGCGCCUACAAGAUCGACCCCAGCAACCCCGGGUCAGAUCUCGCCGGAGAAACCGCCGCCGCUAUGGCCGCUGCCUCCAUCGUCUUCCGCCGCUCCAACCCGUCCUACGCCAACCUGCUCCUCCGCCAUGCCCAUCAGCUGUUCGAUUUUGCGGACAAAUACAGAGGCAAAUAUGAUAGCACUAUUACUGUGGCACAGAAAUAUUACCGAUCUGUCAGUGGCUACAAUGAUGAGUUGUUGUGGGCUGCUUCAUGGUUGUAUCAAGCAACUAACAACCAGUACUACCUGAAUUAUCUUGGAAACAAUGGUGACUCCAUGGGUGGAACUGGAUGGGGAAUGACCGAGUUUGGUUGGGAUGUCAAGUAUGCUGGGGUUCAGACCCUUGUGGCUAAGUUCCUAAUGCAAGGAAAAGCUGGUCGUCAUGCGCCAGUUUUUGAGAGAUACCAGCAGAAGGCUGAAUACUUCAUGUGUUCACUUAUUGGAAAAGGCAGCAGAAAUGUUCAGAAGACUCCUGGUGGCUUGAUUUUCCGCCAGCGGUGGAACAACAUGCAGUUUGUUACUAGUGCCUCAUUCUUGGCAACCGUCUACUCGGACUACCUCACUUCUGCUGGGAGAAACUUGAAAUGUGCUGCCGGCAAUGUCGCACCAAACCAGCUUCUCUCUUUUGCAAAAUCUCAGGUCGACUACAUUCUGGGAGACAACCCGAGAGCAACAAGUUACAUGGUGGGCUAUGGAAACAAUUAUCCACGACAAGUUCAUCACAGGGGUUCUUCAAUUGUUUCCAUUAAGGUCAACCCUACAUUUGUGAGCUGCAGAGGGGGCUAUGCUACUUGGUUCAGCAGGAAAGGAAGUGAUCCCAACAUCCUCGCUGGUGCAAUAGUUGGAGGCCCCGAUGCCUACGACAGCUUUGCUGAUGAAAGAGACAACUAUGAGCAAACAGAACCCGCUACUUAUAACAAUGCUCCUCUGCUUGGUAUAUUGGCUAGAUUAAGUGGGGGUCAUGGUGGAUUUAACCAACUCCUUCCAGUGGUUGUUCCUGCCCCUAAUCCCAUUGCUACAGAGCCAACACCCAAACCAAAGUUAACUCCAGCUCCAGUUUCAACUUCUGGUCCCAUUGCCAUCAUGCAGAAGGUAACAACCUCGUGGAAUUCCAAGGGAAAAACUUACCACAGAUACUCCACUGUCGUGACCAACAACUCUGGCAAGACUCUGAAGGAUUUGAAGCUUGCAAUCAACCAGCUUUAUGGUCCUCUAUGGGGUCUCAAAAAGUCUGGAACCUCUUAUAGCUUCCCGUCAUGGCUAAACUCUUUACCAACUGGAAAAAGUAUGGAGUUUGUCUACAUUCAUUCUGCUUCCGCAGCACACGUGUCAGUUUCAAGCUACACUUUGGGAUAAGUAACUUGAUUAUAGAACAUGGUGUUUCACAUAGUUUCUGGGAUUUGUAGUGUAAGAAUUGUGCAGGUAUACAGAAAGCAGUCCGGAGAAAAAGAAGAAAAAAAGAGUUGUCUUUAUAUUUGGGGGAUUUUCAACUUGUUCUGUAGGGUUUUAGAGAAUAUUAGGUUAAAUAAGAAGGUAGGGGGAUGAAAGGAGUGAAGAGACGGUUUAAAAAAAAGAGUGCUCAUCCUCUUUCUCCUCCACUUUGUUUAAGUGUUACAUAGAGAGAUUUGAAAGAGUGACAAUGGAGAAGUGAUGAAGAAAAUGACUUCUCAAUAGAUUUGCAAGGGGUCUUUUCCUUUCCCUGUAGUUCAGAAACAGCUUUUUCUUUUCUUCUUUCAGUUUCUUUUGGCGUUUGUAAGCAUUACAACAUUUUAAAAGUAUAGUUUGUGUAAUGACAUUAUGUUUUCCCUGAUUCU